AUGCUUGCAGGAUCUACCAUUAGCUUUGUGACCGCUGUUGCCCUUGCUCUCACCCUUCCAGUGCAGGCAGCGCCUAAGCAAAUGAUGAGGCGCACAACUCCCGAGCUCAGCCUGACAGCUCAGCUUCAAAUUGCAGACACUGCCAUCGAUCGUUUCAAGCUUCUCCCAAAGGAUGAGAACUUCGUAUUCGAUUUCACCAGCAGCAAAGUCCCAUUUGCCAACCGCCAGACAUUCCCCGCUUUAGUCGGCUCUGGAAUGUCUAUUAGUGCCGCAGAACUGCCAGCCUGUAGCAUGGCCUACCUCCACCUCCACCCUCGUGCUACAGAGGUUUUCGUACUUAACUCUGGACGCGUGCUCACCCAGAUGGUACCUGAAGUAGGCGUGCUUGACGCUGAAGGCAAACAACGAGUCGUUCAUACCGAGUUGCAUCCCGGCAUGGCGACUGUCUUUCCGGCCGGGUCGUUCCACACGCAGGUGAACCCAGAUUGCGAGCCAGCUAACUUUACGGCGGCGCUCUCGGCAGAAGACUUUGGAAUCAGCUUGGUUGCAAAUGAGGUCUUCUCCCUCAGUGAUGAUGUUAUUUCUGCUUCGUUUGGAGAGAGCAUUGCUGGUGAGGACAUCGAUAAAGUGAGACAUGCUAUUCCUAGUGAUGUUGUGAUCAAGGUCGAGGAGUGUUUGAGCAAGUGCGGUAAGCAGAAGCGUCGUGCUUGA